ACGCCAUCAUCAUCGUGUUGGGCAGCGAGAGACGGACGGACGGAAGCCAUCAUCCUGGAUCAGCGACGGCGCAAUCGCACAUUCACAUUAUACCCGAUGCCGUUUUGCUUCUCUGUUCUCCACCCCAUCCCCACCCGAACGCCUCUCACGGAACUCACAGGGAUACUUGCGUCGCGGCGAAGCGCUGAUGGGCAUGCAGGACCAUCGAAAUGCAAAAAAGAACUUCCAGCGGGCUCUGAGUCUGCUGCAAGACGACGAGCACAUCAAGGAGCGGAUACAGCUUGUGGACAUCUUCGAGGAGGAUGAUCGAAUGGGAUUCCGCCUGCAUCAGCUCUCCGUGGGCAGGCACAUAUGCGAAAAGCGGGCGUUCUUUGCCCCCAUCCAGAACUUGAUCUGGGACUAUGCCCUGCAGAUGAAAAACUACAUCUACAUCAUUGAGCACAAGGCCAGCAAGGAGUGCCUCGUUGUCGACGCUUGCUGGGAUAUCGAUGGCAUCAUCAAGUAUACGGAUCGCUUCGGCCUCAAGAUCGUCGGAGCCAUCGUCACGCACCACCACAUCGAUCAUGUCGGCGGGAUACCCCCUCCGCCUUACGAUCAGUACCGCAUCCGAGUUGAUGGACUUGCCAAGUUGCUUCGAAAGCUCCCCACAAUCAAAGCCUACGUCAACCCCAGCGACAUUCCGCAAGUCACCCAGGCCAACCCAGAGCUCAAGGCCGAGCGGCUCAUCGAGACCUCUGAUGACGCCAUACUGUUCCUCCCGAUGUCGAAAAACGAGAGCAGCAGCGACAGCAACAGCAACAGCAAAAGUGGCCGGCUCCAGUUGGCUGCAGCCGACACGGGCUCAACAGCGACAUCGGAACCCCACCCAGAGUACAUCUCCAUCAAGUUCAUCCACACCCCGGGCCAUACCAUGGGCUCGCAGUGCGUCUUGUUGAACCAGACCCGCCUGUUGAGCGGCGAUACCCUCUUCAUCGGCACGUGCGGUCGGGUGGACUUUAGCGACAGCUCGGUCGAGAAGAUGUACGACUCGCUGUUCAAUAAGCUCACGAAGCUCCCGCCGUCGACAGUGGUGUGGCCGGGGCACUCGUACGGAGGAUCGUUCACGACCAUCGAGGCGGAGACCGCCAACGGCAUCUUGAGCCCAAAAUCCAAGGACGAGUUCAUGGAUCAGUUCUGCAAGGCGCAUGCCAGGAAGCACAGCCCAAACGACAUGAGUCUGUAGAACCCCAGAGAGACCUUUCCUGUGUGCGUUGCAGCUUACGGGCGAUCCAAUAAAAAACGGGACACCCGGGUUUUUGACCAUUCA